GAGAAUCAAGUUCACAUGGUGGAUACGAGACUGAAUUUCACAAUAACACCCAAGAUGUGCCCACCUAUAGCCAUCAUACGACUCCAGUUGAAGUUGCUGGUAAUAUGGCUGAAACGGUUAAUUUUGUGCAGUUUGCUGACAGUGACAUGUACGGUCCUGAUGUCGCCCUAGACAAUGAUGAGAAUGAAAUGUGUGAUGAAGAAAAUUUAUUGGGCGGAUCAGAUGAUGAUGAUGAUGAAGAAGAUGAUGUCGACGCUCCCGUUGAUAUUCAGAAUGCCCCCAUUCCACCUAGACCUGAAAUCCCUUUCUUUGAAAACAUUCACAUGGGUGGUGAUUUUGACAUUAGUAACCGCGAUGUCGUUCCCCGUAACCGAAUCUGGAAUGCUGAAAAUCCAGAGUUGGACAAAGGGAUGGUUUUCGUUGAUAAGAAGCAACUCGUACAUGCUGUGAAAUUGUACCAUGCAACAAAUAAUCGAGAGUAUAAAGUCGUAACCUCCAAGCGAGACGUUUGGGUGUGUGCUUGCAAGCACGACUGUAGAUGGUGGUUGCGUGCAUCUCUUAGUAAGAGACAUGGGCUUUUUGAAAUAAAGCAGUAUAGGGGUCCUCACCAUUGUUUAUACCCACGAACGAACAGGGACCACACAAAUAUUAGCUCCAGUUACAUUGCUUCUCAUCUUUUGGGACAAGUUGCGAACGAACCUGAUAUGCCCAUUAAGAAUGUCAUCGAAGACAUAAAAAAGUCCAUGAACUAUACUAUACAUUACAAGAAGGCGUGGCAUGCAAGGGCAAAGGCAAUUCGAAUGGUAUUCGGAGAUUGGGAUGAAUCAUAUAUGAUGUUGCCUAAAUUCAUGUAUGCAUUACAAACAUCUAAUCCUGGCACCAUCGUGCAAUGGAAGCAUAGAUAUACCGGAAAUACAACCAUUAUGCCUGUCUUCCACUUUGUUUUUUGGUCUUUCAAACCCGUCAUCGAUGGAUUCAGACAUUGUAGGCCUGUUAUAACCAUAGAUGGUACAUUCUUAUACGGGAAAUACACUGGUGUGUUGCUUGUAGCAACGAUUGUCACCGCCAAUGGCAAAGUACUACCGCUUGCAUUUGCUGUUGUCGACAAGGAGAGUUUGGAGUCUUGGCUAUUGACCAAGAAGCCAUCACUUGGGUUUACAAGAUGA